AUGCACGCCCAAGACGAAGACUCCACAGAAGCCGCAUUUGCACACGUGGCGCGCCUCACGGCCGAGACCUUCUUCGAUCUGGGCGAGGCCAAGGUUAUGGAGGCGCUCAUCCAGGCUCCGCGCACUGCCAACGGCAGGCGAGUGCUGGCAGCUCGCGUCCAGUCUUGCCGGAGGAGCCCGCUGCUCCAGCUCGACGAGGACGUUGCGGCGCGGCUGCACCUAGGCACAAAGCAAGUGCGGCAGUUCCUCGGCCGACUGCACGCUGACCGCAUGGUUGUGCGGGUGCGCGCCGACGGCGCCUCCAAGGCGCAGGGUGCGGAUAUCCUGGAGCAGAAAGAGGGGCCUCUAGCCGCGGGCGACGUGCGCUGCUUUUAUGGGCUCGACUACUCGACUUUGGUGGACGUGGUCGCGUACAAGCUCGAUGCGAUGGAGCGCACGAUCGAGGCGGACAAGCGCACCGCCAACGAGGUCCAGCUCUACCGCUGCGGCGGCUGCCACACGACGAUAGACUCGCUGUCCGUCAACCCGUGGAUGAUGUCGUCGGGCUCGCUGCAGUGCGAGGCGUGCGGCUCGGAGCUGUCCGAGGUCGACAACUCGGUCAAGCUGCGCGAGUUUGAACAGCGGAAGGAGGAGCUGGCCGACCUGCUGCAGCUUCGCGCGGCGCUGUGUGACGUCCGCGACGCUGAGCCGCCACUCUACAAGCGGCCUCUCCGUGUCGACCCAGCCGCCAGUGACGCCUCCGACGGCCUCGUGGGAGGUGCCGGCGGCAGCCGCAGUGUCGGGCUGGGCCAUGCUGCCGGCGGCGGCGAGAGCACACUCGGCAAGUCGCGAGGGCCGGCAGCGGCUCGAGAAGCCACCUCGGCGCCGCCAACGUCGGAGGCGGCGGCGGGAGACGGCGCGGCAGGCGACGCACAGGCGCAAGCGUGGGAGGAGCGGGUGCGGGCAGCGGCGGCUACCGUCAGCGAGAGUGGCGCUAGUGGGCUGCCAAUGCCCUUCUCGGCCGUCACGGAGGAGGACCAGCAGCGCAUGACGAGCGAGGAGUUCGCACGCUAUGAAGAGCUGUAUGCCGAAGCGGUGGGCUGACAAGAGUCUCUUGUGUGGAGCACGGCUUGCGGCCCGCCGCGGUCGGCGGUCGGUAACUACUCUCGGCCUCGUCUCGGAGUCUGUGUCUACGCUAGUCUGUAGAGACUGACUCACACCUC